AUGGAAAUUUGCACAGAACCAUUCAUCGCUAUAAUUGGCGGUGGUCUCGCAGGCCUCACUUUAUCUAUCGGGCUCACUCGACAAGGAAUACCACACAAGAUAUACGAAGCAGCAUCUGCGUUUGCAGAAAUUGGUGCCGGUAUUGCACUUGCCCCAAACAGCAUCAAAGCCCUAGAACUCAUUGAUCCGAGAAUGAAAGAUGCCCUUAGAAAGUGCAUAACCUACAACGAGGGAAUUGAUGAUGAUGGGGAGGGACCUGGAAAAGAGGAGUGGCUAGAUAUCAGAGUCGGGGAAGCGCAAGAAUUCAAUAAAUCAAUCACGACAAUCUAUCACAAAGGAUCGUCCAAACCAAGUCGUGCUUGUGUUCAUCGUGCCAAAUUUCUCAACGAAUUCGUCAAAUUGGUCCCUGCUUCCAUCACAGAAUUCGGGAAAAGUUUGGUUUCGAUAUCCGAAGCGGCUUCCUCAAGCAAGCUCUGUCUCAAGUUUGCAGAUGGGUCGAGCAUCCAAGCGACUGCUGUCGUAGCUUGUGACGGCAUAAAGUCCGUUGUCCGCCAGCAAUACGUUCUUGCUGAUAUUGACGACAAAAGAGUGCUUCGUCCGGCAUUCACGAACGACUUCGUCUAUCGAGGAUUGUUUCCCCGUGCCAAAUUCUUGGAAAUCUCAUCGAACCUUCUCAAUGCAGGCAAAGGAACCGUCUUCUGUGGGCAGGAUGGCUACAUCAUAGCCUAUCCUGUCGAUAAGGGAAGGUUGAUCAACGUAGUGGCUUCGAAGCAUAUCAAAUGUCCAUCAGCCGAUACCCUAGCGCAGCACGAAACGAACUGGACCCAAGCAGUAACGACGGAGGAGAUGCUGUCCGACUUUGAAGAUUGGGGUGCUCCUCUGAAGAACAUUCUAUCGCACAUCGAGCGUCCCGAGCGUUGGGCUCUCUAUGAUCAUCUGCCAGCUCCAACAUAUGUCAAAGGUCGAGUUGCAUUGAUGGGGGACGCAGCCCAUGCCACGACCCCGCAUCAAGGCCAGGGAGCCGGAAUGGGAUUUGAAGACUCCUUCAUCUUGAGUAGUAUCCUUGGAGAGGUGCUGAACGAAAGCGAGAAGAAUUCGGCUAAUAGCAGCCGUGAAGUGCCCGAAGAUCUGACCAGGGAUGCCAAAAUUGAAGCAUGCUUCCGAGCUUACGAUGAGGUAAGACGAAAGCGGACACAGGAAGUCACUCGCACAAGUAGGGAGGCCAUGGAGAUUUGGGGAUUCUCUGGUAAAGGAAUCGGACGUGAUUUUGAAAAGAUAAAGGAGAAUCUUGACGUUCGAAUGAAGUGGAUGUGGGAUGUGGAUUUGCUAAGCGAGGUGAAAAGGGGUGUUGAUAUUGCGGGAAAGAGCCUUCACAUGGGAGCGUAA